ACGUGAUAAGUUUCAAAAAUCAAAAGACAAAAAAGGUUUACACCGUAGGAGUCUCCUAGAAUACCGCUUUGUGGAACCUCCAUUCUCAAAAUCCAUAACAAACAAAACUUUUCCCCUUUUCACUUCUUCUUCUUCUUCUUCUUCGUUUGAUACUCUUAUCUCUUCCUUCUUCUUCAUAUAAACCACUCGAGAAGGGUUUUUCUUUUCUUCACAAGAAAAACUGCAAAAGAGAAACAUGAGGAAGAAACUGGAUACACGUUUCCCUGCUGCUAGGAUUAAGAAAAUCAUGCAAGCCGAUGAGGAUGUAGGGAAGAUUGCUAUGGCUGUGCCUCUUCUAGUUUCUAAAGCAUUAGAGCUAUUCCUGCAAGAUUUGUGUAAUAGGACAUAUGAUAUAACUCUUAGGAGAGGGGCAAAGACCAUGACUGCUUUGCAUUUAAAGCAUUGUGUCCAGACAUUUAAUGUGUUUGAUUUUCUGAAAGAUAUUCUCAACAAGGUUCCUGAUUUAGGUGGUUCUGGUGCGACGGGUGAUGAUCGUUCUAUCCCUAAGAGGAGGAAAGUUGCGGAAGGUGAUGAUAAUGACAGCGAUGAGGAGCAAAAGAGAAAUAAGAUGCUAGAGGCCAGAAAUACUAGUGGCAGAGGAAGGGGUAGGGGGAGAGGUAGAGGUCGUGGCCGAGGACAUAGAACAGCAGAUCAUGAUCAUGAAAUGAUUUCACCUGUCAAGUUUGAAGAUGAAUCUGAUGUAUUGAAGCAAAAUGGCAAGCACACACAUAGCAGUGAAAGCCCGGAAAAUGUGUUGGAACAUGAAGAAGUUAAGCCGAGUUUGUCGGUUAGCAGGCCAGCCGAAGCGUGUGUAAGGAAUAUCGACUUAAAUAUGGCUCCAGUUGAUGAGGAUAUGGAUUCGUUCGACACACAAGCUCCAGUCCCAGUAAUGGAUUCAUCGGACACACAAGCUCCAGUCCCAGUAAUAGAUUCAUCAGACGCACCAACUCCUGUUCCGGUUACUUCUUCUGCAAAACAAACAGUAGAAGAGAAGCACGAGGAAUACCCUGGAUGGUCCUUCUCGGACAUGGAAAAAAUGAGCAUCGACACCAUUCAGUUGGCGAACAUAAACGGAAGGAUAGAUGAAGACGACGAAGAUUAUGAUGAAGAAACAUAGGUGAGUCACUCAGCAUUAGUUUAACUAUGAAAUAGUGUGAUUUGUAAGUUCUGAUUGGAGAACUAGAGUUAGAUCUUUUAGGACUAGAGAGUUAUGACAGAUCCUUAGUGUUUAGGAAGGUUAGGAUGGAGAUUGCAUUUGAUGAUUACCCUCCUUACUACCUUAGUUUAGAGUUAAAAAAAAAUGUAGAGAUGGUUUCUUCUUAGAAAUGUUUCACCUUAAUGUAAUUUGAUAAGUUAUUAGUUUAUCAUCUGAUGGAGGGAUUGCUUAUGGUAGGCAUUGUAUUAGAUUUUAUGGUUCAAAAUCUAAUGAAGGUGCCUCCCUUAAGCAAUCCCUUUCCAAUUCACUAUAUUUGUAUGUGUGCGACCCCAACAUUCCCUACUUGUUUGAUUGUUGCUGAGCAGUUUUUGGAUUUCAAACUCCUCCCCAGAACGUAAUUUUAAUGUGGCCGAUUUCCCU